UUGGUAUGACCUAACUUCUAAAUAUAACGUGAUACAGAGUAUUUACUUCAGAAAUUCUGUCACUAAAUAUUUAAUUAAUUGAGAAAUUGUCACUAAUUAUUUAAUACUUCGUACUUGUAGAGUAUGAUGCAAGGUCAAAUUAUUUUCAUGUUUAGAGAAGUAUUUCCCACGUGGGGAAAUUACUUCUUUACCACACUAUGUUACGAAGAACCUUCGUAUUUGAUUGGACGAUAGGUUAUCUUGUACUUCUUUCUUUUUUAAAUUACACAUUUUUUUAAGGGAAAUUACACAAUUAUUUAGCACGUUUGUCAAUGCACAAUUUUAAACAUUAAUAUCUCUAAUUGUGGCUAAAAACAUAUUAUAAAAUUUGAUCUUUAAAAAAUAUUUACUGAGAUGAAUCUAAUAAGAUCUCACACGACUAUAUUCUUUAAGUAUAAAACACAAAAGAAAGUCAUAAGUGUUCGUGUAAAUAGUAUCUAAAAUUCAAUUGUGUCAUAGAAAUAAGAACAAAGGAAGUAAUUUUUUUUAAGAUAUUUUUACUGUUGAACUACAAGUAAUUUACUUUCUCAACAAAUCUCAAUCUUUCACAAAAGGGUUUCUCAAUAGUUGUGAUAAUGAAACUAAUAAUCAUGAUUUCUAACCAUUUAUUUCAAAGAAAAGAAAACCGGUUAAUACUCGAUAUGCAACUAAUAUUUUUACAUUUUGAACACAUUUUCAAUUGCUGUCAAGUUGAAAUACACACUAAUUGUUACGAGUACUUUUGUGGAAGCUCUGAAGUUAACACCAAGAUAAUUUCUUCUAUUACUCCGUAUAUGAUAAAAGAUUAAAGGUAUUUUAAAGAAUUCAAACUACCCAUCUAUUACUAUAUACUAAAAGAGACACCAGGAAUGACACGUGUCAAUUCCUGGUGUAAAAUUUUCCCGCCUAAAAAUGUUUUCCUAAAAUAUAUAUUUUAUUUUAUUUUAUUUUAUUCUCUACCAUUUUAUAAACUUUCUAUGUAUGGAAAAAAUAUUAGAUUAUAAUUUACGGUUUUUUCAUGAAAUGCCCCUGAGGUUUUAAAAAACGCACCAAAUACCCUCGCCUGUUUCGAUUCACAUAAUAUACCCCUAUUUAUCCGUACUGUUCAUGACAUGCCCCUGUUAGCUAACGCCGUUAGUCUGCCGUUAGUGGUGUUUUACUUAUUUGCCCUUAAUUUUGGUUUAGCGCCAUUGACUUCCUUCACUUUCACAGAAAGACCAAAAAAAAAAAAAAAACCGUUCACAUUUUUCUCUUUCUCUCUCCUCUCCCCUGUUCUUCUUCAAGCUCUAAUCCUACUCAAACCCUAGAAAUUCUGGGUAGAUCUUCAAUAUUUUUGUGAAUUUUGCUGCGCACCUUAAAGGCGAGUUCGUGGGUUGUGAUUUUGCUUCAAUCGCGACAAAAAAGGGAGAAACUUGAGGCGAUUUCCAGUUGAGUUAGUGUUGAAGAGGAAACGGGAAUUUAAAGUUGGUUAGUCUACUUCCAGGAUGAGUGCUAUUUGGUUGUUACUACGUUAUGGGUCACAUAGUUUUGAUAUUAGAGUGGGAGACAUGGAAAAAUAUCGUUUGUUGAAGUUGUUUCUUGAUAUCUUUGAGGAAUCAGUUAAGCAAGAUGUUUUUUUGCCUAGUACCUUUAGCUUGUAUGUUGAGGGUCCUUGUGGUAAGGUUGAAUUGAAUGAUGAUAAGACUUUAAGGCUUCUGUGGGGAUGGAAUUGGGGUAAAGACACUGCUGAAAUUUGGGUUGAGGGAACAGAUAAACCAGGAUUGGUGUUUAGGAAUGCUGUUGCAACAAUUGAGAAUCAUAGAAAGGAAAAAGAGAGACAACUUAAGGAGAGACAAGAGGAACUGUUGAGGGCUCAAAGAGAGGAGGAAGAGGCAAUGAGGAAACAACAGGAAAGGGAGGACAUUUUGAGGGAAAUACAGGAACAAAUGGAGUACACUGUGGCUAUGGAGGUCCCUGUUGUUGAUUGUGAGGACAUGAAGGUUGAGUAUGUGAGAGUCAUUAGCAAAGAUGAUGCUGAUGAGGUGUUUCCAGGUUGCUCUCAACCAAAACAAACACAAGAAUCCCCAAAGAAACAACCCACCCCACCCAAACACACAAAUCAUGUUGCUUCUAAGUCAAAAGGCAAGGAUAAGCCUGCUUCUAAGAAACUAACCCCCAAAAGGAGGGCAUCAGCUAAACAACCCACCCCACAGAAACAACCCACCCCACCUAAACAACCCACCAAACAACCUACACCACCACCCCCACCACCCCCACCACAGAAAGAACCCACCCAACCAAAACAACAACAACACACACCACCACCAGAACAUCCCACCUCUCCACCACAACAACAACAACACACACCACCACCAGAACAUCCCACCUCUCCACCACAACAUCACACCCCUCCACCACCACCACAAAAUCCCACUCCACCACAGAACAACCAAACUGAUGAGCCUAACAAUCAAGCACCACCUGAUCAAGCUCAGCCAGUGAAAAAGAAGGGGGGCAGAGCUAGACCUGAGGGGUUUAGGGUUAACAAAGUCACUGCUAAGAAGGCUGGAACUUGGGUUUCCAAGGGAAAGGGAAAAGGGAGAAAGGGUACAGGAAGGUCUAAGACACCAGGGGUUUUUGCUGAUGUUGGUGAGAUAUGUUCAGAAGAGGAGAGUGAGGAUUCUGAUUAUGAGGAAUCAGAUUCUGAACAAGAGGAUGUUCUGAAUGAUUGGAUUGAUUCUGAUGUUGAUGAUGAGGUGAUUCCUGAUGAUAUUCCUGAUUUGGGGUUUGAGGAUUGUCUAAAUGGUUCCUCAAAGAUGGAUAAGGCCUAUAAAAAUGGCAAAAUAUGGACUGAUCAACCAUAUGGGUCCAUUCAGUUAGAACCCUGGUUGAUCUUUCAUGAUAAGGCCACAUUUCUUGAAGUGUUGAGAAGUUACUGCAUACAGGAGGGGUUUGGGCUUAGUGUUGAGAGGGCUGAUAAUAGGAGGUACACAGCAGUGUGUGCAGUGGAGUCAUGUGACUGGAGGAUACAUGCCAGUAGGUUGUUUGACAAUGUUAGCUGGGCCAUUAAGGUGAUCAGUGGGUCCCACAGAACUUGUGGGAGGCUUGAGGAGAAUCCAGUAGUGACCUCUGAGUGGUUGUGUAAGCAUAUGUUGGGGGAAAUAGAGGCAAAUCCAGAGAUUCCAGUGGAGACAUUGAGGAGGUAUGCACAGGAGAAGUUUCAGUUGAGGGUGAAAAAGAGGCUAUUGUACAAGGUCAGGAGUAUGGCAAAGGGAAAGCUGCAUGGUGGUUGGGCUGAAGCAUAUGAGCUGUUGCCUAGAUAUGCUGAGAUGAUUAAGCAAACAAACCCAGGGAGUCAUGCACUUAUAACAUGGGGGGCCAGUAGUGGGGAUGUGAACCCAAAAUUCAGAGCUUGCUUCUUCUCAUUUGCUGCACAAGUCAGGGGGUUUCUAAGGGGUUGUAGGCCCAUAAUUGGAAUAGAUGGGGCUCAUUUAAGUGGUUUCUACAAGGGCAUUCUACUGACAGCAGUUGGCAUAGAUGGGAAUAAUGAAAUUUUUGUUCUUGCCUAUGGGAUAGUAGACACUGAGAGUUGUGACAGUUGGACCUACUUCAUGAGAUGUUUGAGGCAAAUGUUUGAGCAGGAGGGUUGCAACAGAGAUGAUUGGACCUUCAUCAGUGAUAGGAUGAAGGGUGUUGAGUUGGCAGUUAGAGAAACUUUUCCUAGAGCAACUAGGAGAGUUUGCUGCCAACACCUAUACAUGAAUUGUAAGAACAAUGGCUUCAGUGGAUCUGCAUUCCACAAGCUAUUUUGGAUAGCUGCUAAUGCAUACAAUGAGUAUGUGUUUGGUAAGGCCAUGGAAAAGAUCAGUGAGUACAAUGCAAAUGCCACUGCAUACUUGAACAGCUGCAUUGAGCAGUGGUCUAGGCAUAAGUUUGACUCUACUGUUUGUUGUGAUCACAACACAACAAACUUUGUGGAGUCAUUCAAUGCAUGCACAAAGCCCUUCAGAGACAUGCCUGUCUUCUCAUUAUUGGAAGCAAUCAGAAGUUGGUGUAUGCAGAGGGUGGGGGCUAGAUUUGACAAGGCAGUUGACAUGGAGGAAGGUCAGCUCACUGCAUAUGCAUUGAAAGAGUUAGAGGAGAGGACAGCUGAGUCCAGGUUAUGUUAUGCCACAGCAUGUGGAGGGGGUGAAUUUGAGGUUAGGGAUGGACAUGUCAACUUCCCAAUUAGGCUUGCAACAAGAAGUUGUGCCUGUGGGAAGUGGCAGAUCUGUGGAAUCCCCUGCAAGCAUGCACUGAGGGUCAUAUAUGACCAAAGGAUGAACCCCCAUGAUUUCAUAUCCCCAUGGUUCAAGGCUGCUGCAUACAAGCUAACCUAUGCAGAACAUAUUCAUCCUAUGGCAGAUCCAUCUCAAUGGCCUGACUUUGGCCUUCCUUCCAUUCAGCCUCCAACCAUCAAAAGACCAUCUGGCAGACCUGCUAAGAAGAGAAAGAGAGGGGCAAAUGAACCAAAGAAAGGGAAGAGGAACACAAAUGUGAAAUGUGGAAAGUGUAGAGAGUUUGGUCACAACUCAAGAACAUGCAAGAGUGGAGGAACAAGUGCCACUGGACCAAGUACUUCAAAGAGUGGUGCAGCAGGAGCAAGUACAUCAAAUGGGGGACCAAACACAAGGAAGAGGUCAAAGGCAGCUGCAUAGUCACCUCAGUUGGCUAUAUUUUGUGAAUUGUAGUGCACAAAGCUAAACUAACUUAGUCAAAUCAGUUUAGUCAGAAUCAGUUUAGUUAGAAUCAGUUUUUGGAAACAGUUGUGCAGAGAUCAUUUUUUGGAAACAGUGAAAUGCUUAGAACACCUCUUUUUGUGCAGUUCAGUGGUGUUUGUCCACUUAAAGUUCAGUUUAUGUAAAGCUUAUUUGCUUGAACAAGUAUUUAUGGAACAAAGUCUCUUUAUUUCAUGAAAUUUGUUACAACUUUA